AUGGUUCGCUUUCGAUUUCGAUUGUCCUCUUUAACAUGGGGCCUUACACUGGCGAGCGCGGUGAAGGCAGAUUUCGUAUCGACGGAUUACGACGGAUAUAAUGAUGGAGAUCUGGGACAUCGACCACAUCUGGAAUUUCAUUCCAGCGACGAAUUUACUCCCGUGUUACAGGCUUCUGUGUGGAAUCAGAGUGCGAUUUCUGAUACGGGGUCACAUAUCUUUAUUAAGCAUGAUGGAAAUACAACAUCGCCACUUUCAUCACCGCUGAUUCUUGAUGCCAAUGAUUUAUCCGCCGUCUAUUUGAAUCGCUCUUUCGAAAAUGUGUUUGGCACUCGCGUCCAGGAGAAUCGGGGGAAGAAAUACCUCACUUUCUGGGAAGGCCAAAAAGGAAACGGGAUUGGGGAUGGGUAUGGUCUUGCCUUUGAUGAGACCUAUCGGCUGGUGUAUAAGAUUUCUGCACAGAAUAUCAAGGUGCAUAGUGAUCUGCAUGAAUUCGCAUUUACAGGGAAUGGGACGGCCCUGGUUACAGGCGUGGACAAAGUACGUGCACGGGGCAGUUCUUUGGAUCCAAGUUGGAAGGCUCCUUCAUAUUUCGGGAUUUUGAACGCCAUCUUCCAGGAGAUCGAUCUCGAGACGAAUGAAGUGCUUUUCGACUGGCGUGCACUCGACCAUAUAAACCCCAUGGAAUCACAUGAGCCUCGAGGUAUGGGCUGGGAUGCCUACCACCUGAACAGCAUUGAAAAGACCAAAGCAGGCAACUAUCUUAUCUCAAUGCGCCAUACACAUUCAAUAAUGCUUAUCGAUGGCCAGAGUGGCGAAAUUAUCUGGACACUGGGCGGUCGACGCAAUGACUUUGUCGAAUUAUCACCUGCCGAUGGAAUGGAAGAUGCUGAGCCCGUUCUUUCCAUGGCCUGGCAACAUCAUGCACGUUUUGUACCCGGCACGGACGAGACGGAGAUAACGCUUUUUGAUAACCAUGUCGAAGACACGUCGCAUGGUAUCUGCGAUACGGAAUGCUCGCGUGGUUUGCACAUCGCCGUCAACACUACAGCCUCGCCGCCAAAUGUCCGGCUUCUCCGCGAAUUUCAGCAUCCGUCACAACUUCAGGCCCAAAGCCAGGGGAGCGUGCAGGUUCUCUCGCACAAAGCCGGGGAUAAAGACCUCGGUAACGUGUUUAUCGGAUGGGGGAGAUGUCCUACAUUCACAGAGCAUAGUUCAACAGGAGAAACGGUGAUGGAUGUACAGUUUUCACCAUGGCAUAGCCUGGAGAUCCCCGAUGCAUUGGAUAAUUACCGUGCCUACAAGAUGGACUGGGUUGCCGAGCCGUGGUGGGAUCCGUCCAUUGCGCUACGGAUGAGCCCUAAGGGUGAGCUAGUCGUCUAUGUGAGCUGGAACGGGGCGACAGAGGUAGCGGAGUGGGUGGUGAAAGGCAUUGAAGCGGGACAGGCGUUGAACACCAAAGGCCAGGUGGUGACGAGGUCCGUUCGCACUGGCUUUGAGACCAAGUUGAUAAUUGUGGAGGAAAAGAAGAGUUGGCGAUACAUCUGGGCCGAGGCUAUGGAUGCGGAUGGAAAUACUCUUCGGUCCAGUCAGAUUGUGGACUUGGAAGGUACAUCAUUGCCCAUUGCCGUUGAUGCUUUUGACGAGUCUAACUCGACCUUUGCUGGUUUCCUCGCUGCAGAGAAAGCUUUGAAACUGAAAUUGAAGCACCCGCGUAGAGGAUUGUCUAAAACAGCGAUCGCUUUACUUGCAUCUGGGCUGAGUGUUGCUGGCGUGGCUAUCAUUGCUGCUGGUGUGUUCUGGUGGUAUCGAAGGAGAGAUUACAAUCGCGUGGAAGCUGAAGACUUUGCUUUGGAGUCAGACAAGUUUGCAUUGGAGUCAGACGACAGUGAUGUCGAUGGUGAUGAAGAGGAGAAUGAUGACGGGCAACAUGAUUGUAAUGGAUCAAGAGCCGAAAGUCAGGCUCUUGUCUCCAACACAGAGGAGAGAGGACUAAUCAGGUUUUGUAAAUAG